GUAAAAUUGAAACCUAACUUUUUGCUCAGCGUCACCCGGCCGCCGCCACAGCUGUUGCCCAGCCGCUUGAGCAGGCAACCAGACCGGCCGCCGCCACAGCUGCUGCCCAGCCGCGAGCAGGCAAGCAGGCCGUCCAGCUCCGACCAGCCGCACGAGCAGCAAGCAGGCCGCCCAGCUCCGGCCAGCCGCACGAGCAGCCAGCCGCACGACUAGUGCACAGCAGACAGCACCGGCAAGCAGCCGAGCAGCUGCUUCUCAUCCGGCGCCAGGUCCAGUGCGCGCGCGCCUUAUCUGCUGCAGCUGCUUGCCGUCCUCGUCCGUCGUCCCUCGGCACCGGCAGGUCCAGACUGACGCUGCGCUCAGUUUGAAGCUCCUCCAUGGUGUCGGACUGGGACAGCGACAGCGACUGUGAAGUACGCAUGAUUGAUUAUCCUCGCGAGCGUCGUGCUGGUGCUGCUACUCAGGCAGAGAAAGGAAAGGCUAUGGUCGAUGCCGGUACAUCUUCAAGUGUUGCUGGUGUGAUGGUGAUGGAUCGAUAUGGGAAACCAGUGAAGUUAAAUGGACCAAUUGAUGUGACUUGGAGCCAUGGUGAGCCAUAUCCUGGGCCUCAUGGGGCUGGCUUUAAGUGUUUUUAUUGUUUGACCACCAAAAAAGGCGGGGGGUGUCUCGAUUAAAAGAGCAUCUAGGUCAUAUAUCUGGGAGUGUGGAGGCAUGCCGUAAAGUGCCAAAUCAUGUGAAGGACCUAAUGUCUCAAAAAGUAACAGAUGGGAGAAUUAGGAGGGCACAUGGUAAGAAGCUUCGUCUGUUUGUUGAAAAGGAGGUUUCUGCAACAAGACAAGGUUAUCGAAGUGCAAUAAUUCCUCUUGAUGAACAAGCACAGAUUGAUAUGGCAAUGAGAAAUUCAUUGAGGGAUUCUUUUUCCACAAUGGAACGUGAUAGUUGUCCACCUUUUGGUAAGUCAACGGGUAGUGCAAGUGGAGCUGCAAGUUGUCCAAAAUGGCAAGAAAACCGAAGUUCCAACAUGUUAUGACAAUGGCCAUAAAGAAACUUUCAAGCUCAUCUUCAAAGGCUUCAGCUGCAAUUGAUCAAUAUACUUUCUUCAGAAAGCAAGCUGGGUUAUUUGGAGGAGAAGAGGCUAAAGAUUCAGCACUUAAUGGCCGCGCAAGUGCAGCUGAUUGGUGGGAUCAAUAUGGUGGAGACUAUCCAGAAUUACAAGAGUUUCCACGUCGUAUUGUUUCUCAAUGCAUGUCCUCUAGUGGUUGUGAACGUAAUUGGAGUACCUUCGCUUUGGUUCAUACCAAAUUGAGGAAUCAAUUGAGUUAUGAUAAGUUGCAUAAACUGGUUUAUGUUCACUACAACUUAAAGUUGUGCAUUCAACAUUUUGAAACUGAUAUGGAAAGUCUUGAACAAAUGAAAAACUCUAAAGAUAGAAACAUAGAUCCAUGUAGCAUCAUGAUAGAUGUUUCUAUGUAUGAUGAAGGCAACCCGAUUAUGGAAUGGUUGUGCAGUUCUAGGAGUGAAUCAGUGCCGACACUUGAUGAAAAUGAUGAGCCUGAAUCCCCUAACAGACCAAGUGGAUUCGUUUUAGAGGAGUUAGGAGGAUUGAAUGAAGAAGAGAUGGUUCUUUUAAAUUCUAGGAUUGGUUCUGGUAGGAAAAAUGGUAGGAAAAGGAAUGUUGUAGAAGAAGAUAUUGGAGAUGAUUUCUUAUCAGAUAGUAGUGAGGGAGGAGGUAGCCCAACCUACAACGAAUCAGGUGAUAGUGACUCUAAUGAUGGUGGUGGUGAUGACGAAGAUGGUGAACCUUGUGGUCCAUGUUUUGCAGCUAGGACACAACCUAGUGGUCCUGGUCAAGAUGAACGAGUAGCGCCUCUCCGUCCAAGAUCAAAAAGGCAGAAGAAGCUCUCCAUCAAGGGCCUGUACAUGCUUCAGAAGUGAUCUAAUCUUCAAGCACAAGCACAAGAAUAUGGCGUAUACAUGGACUGAUUCAAUGGCAAGAUUUUGAACAUGUGGCUCUAUUGUAUCAAUUGUGUGCUUUGUUUCAGUUUCAGCACAAUAUUACUACCAGAUUUGGUUCAUGUGGCCUAACAAUAUUUAUAACUGUGAUUGAUUUCUAUGCAUUAUUUGAACUAUGGACUACCAAAUAUUUGUGACUCACCACUAGUGUUAUAUUCACCGGUGCAUGGAUGUUACCAAAGAACUUUAUUUAUGUAAUAUUUGGUUUA